AUGUCUCGAUGGGCAACUGCACAACUGGCAACGGCCAAUCAGCAGUUGAGUCUGCUGAAAGUAGGCAUUGAUCUGCUCUUCGUCUCGCCUUGGCUCGCCGUUGGCAAGCUCGAUUGCACCAAUCAGAGUGGACCAACGCCAAGGCAUACCCUCGACCGACAGACGGAAACAGACGAAGAGUAUGCCACGAUAUUCGGCGUGAACGACAUCUUCAUUUAA